AUGUUCUCAGCAGCACGACACACCGCCCUGCGGCAAGCCCGCUCAUCAUGCAUGCGCCCUAGAGUCACGGCUCCUCUGUCGCGCGAUGCCGCCCUCGCUCGCCUGCUGUCGACCCUGGCCGUCCUGGAACAAAGAGAGGGAAAGCUGAACAUGUCAUCGCUUGCCGCCGUGAGCGCUGCCAUGAAGCUCGGUGGGAGUGUCACUGGAUUCGUCGCUGGAUCAAACGUCAAGGCUGUUGCCGACGAGGCUGCAAAGGUCGAGGGCUUGGAAAAGGUCAUCUAUGUCGACAAUGCCGAUUAUGACAAGGGUCUGCCCGAGAACUUUGCCCCCCUGCUCGUCGAGAACAUCAAAAAGGGAGGCUUUACUCAUGUCCUCGCCGGCCACUCUGCCUUCGGCAAGAACCUGAUGCCCCGCGUCGCCGCCAUGCUCGACGUCCAGCAAAUCUCAGACAUAACCAACAUCGAGUCGGAAGAUACCUUUGUGCGCCCCAUCUACGCCGGCAACGCAAUCCUCACCGUCCAAACCGCCGAUAGCCCCAAGGUCGUCACCGUCCGUGGAACCGCUUUCCCCUCGGGUGCCGCAGAAGGUGGUAGUGCCUCGGUCGAAGAGGGCGUGGAUCCCAAGGCUGCUUGCCCGACCGAAUGGAUCAGUGAGGACCUCGCAAAGUCCGACCGUCCCGAUCUCGCUACCGCCGAAAAGGUCGUUUCCGGUGGCCGUGGUCUCAAGUCCAAGGAGGAAUUCGACCGCAUCAUGCCCCCGCUUGCUGAUGCUCUGGGUGCCGCUAUUGGUGCCUCCCGCGCUGCUGUCGACAGCGGUUUCGCAGACAACAGUCUGCAGGUCGGUCAGACUGGAAAGAACGUCGCUCCUCAGCUUUACCUCUGUGCUGGUAUCAGUGGCGCUAUCCAGCAUCUGGCUGGUAUGAAGGAUAGCAAGGUUAUUGCUGCCAUCAACAAGGAUGCCGAUGCACCCAUCUUCCAGGUCGCUGAUGUCGGCCUCGUGGGCGAUCUCUUCGAGAAGGUUCCUGAGUUGACCGAGAAGCUCAAGGCAUAA